CGAGCAUCUAAAGGGCUCAGGCUAGGCUGCGCGCCGCGCCGAGCGGCUCAGGCAGGUGCGAGAUGGGCGCAGCCGAAGUGGCGGCCGGUGGUCGGCCCUGAGCCGCUCCUCCGGGCCGGCCAACCCCAUAACGGCACGGGGAGAGCUGCCCCGGCCCGGACAGACCCGACCCGACCCGGCCGGGCCGCCCGGCGGGCGGAAGAUGCUGCGCACCGGGUGCCGGUAGUACUAUGAUUUGGUAUGUGGCCGCUUUGGUAGCAAGUGUGCUCGGAGCCCGCGGGCUGAGCGUGCAAGGUGCCCUCGGCUCGAGGGAGGAACCCGAGUUUGUGACCGCUCGCGCUGGCGAGAGCGUGAUCCUGGGAUGCGACGUCAUCCACCCUCUGACGGGACAGCCGCCUCCCUAUGUGGUGGAGUGGUUCAAGUUCGGAGUCCCCAUCCCCAUCUUCAUCAAGUUUGGGUUUUACCCUCCCCAUGUCGACCCGGGGUAUGCAGGCAGGGCCAGCCUGCACGACAAGGCGUCCCUGCGCAUUGAGCAGGUGCGCUCCGAGGACCAGGGCUGGUACGAGUGCAAAGUGCUGAUGCUGGACCAGCAGUACGACACCUUCCACAACGGCAGCUGGGUGCACCUGACAGUCAAUGCACCCCCCACCUUCACAGAGACACCACCGCAAUACGUGGAGGCGAAGGAGGGCAGCAGCAUCACCCUGACCUGCAUGGCAUUUGGCAACCCCAAGCCCAUCGUCACCUGGCUGCGAGAGGGCGAGCUGCUGGCUGCUGGCCCUAAGUACCAGGUGAGUGAUGGCAGCUUGACGGUGCUCUCUGUCAGUCGGGAGGACAGAGGUGCCUACACCUGCCGGGCAUACAGCAUCCAAGGGGAGGCUGUGCACACCACGCGCCUGCUGGUCCAAGGACCUCCCUUCAUCGUUUCCCCUCCGGAGAACAUCACGGUGAACAUCUCUCAGGAUGCACUGUUCACCUGCCAGGCCGAGGCAUACCCCGGGAACCUCACCUACCUGUGGUACUGGGAGGAAGAGAACGUCUACUUCAAGAACGACCUGAAGCUGAGGGUACGGAUCCUGAUUGAUGGCACGCUGAUCAUUUUCCGGGUGAAGCCAGAAGAUGCUGGAAAAUACACCUGUAUCCCCAGCAACAGCCUGGGCCGCUCACCAUCCGCCUCCGCCUACCUGACAGUGCAGUAUCCUGCCCGUGUGGUGAACAUGCCCCCCAUCAUCUACAUUCCCAUCGGGAUCCAUGGUUACAUCCGCUGCCCCGUGGAGGCAGAGCCCCCAGUCACGCUGGUCAAGUGGAACAAGGACGGCCGGCCCCUGCGCAUCGAGAAGUACUCUGGCUGGAACCUGCUGGAAGAUGGGUCGAUCCGAAUUGAGGAGGCAACCGAAGAUGCUCUCGGCACUUACACCUGUGUGCCUUAUAACGCCCUGGGUACGAUGGGCCAGUCUCCCCCUGCCCGACUGGUACUGAAGGACCCCCCCUAUUUCACGGUGCUACCAGGCUGGGAGUACAGACAGGAGGCAGGAAGGGAGCUGUUGAUUCCUUGUGCUGCUGCAGGAGACCCCUUUCCUAUCAUCGCCUGGAGAAAGGUAGGGAAGCCCAGCAGGAGCAAGCACAACACGCUGCCCGGAGGCACCCUGCAAAUCCGCUCCCUUGGCAAGGACGACCAUGGCGAGUGGGAGUGCAUCGCCACCAACGUCGUCGCAAGCAUUACUGCCAGCACUCACCUUACAGUCGUAGGCACAAGCCCUCAUGCCCCAACCAGCGUGCAUGUUGUGGUUGCCAUGACCUCUGCCAAUGUCUCCUGGGAGCCCGGCUACGACGGUGGAUACGAGCAGACUUUCUCAGUUUGGUACGGCCCUCUGAUGAAGAGAGCCCAGUUUGGCCCCCAUGACUGGCUGUCUCUCCCUGUGCCAGCUGGUUCCAGUUGGCUAGUGGUGGAUACAUUGGAACCGGAGACUGCAUACCAGUUCAGUGUCUUGGCUCAGAACAAGCUGGGCACCAGCUCCUUCAGUGAGGUGGUCACUGUGAACACUCUAGCAUUCCCUGUAACAACUCCAGAGCCUCUGGUGUUGGUUACCCCACCGAGGUGCCUAACAGCCAACCGGACGCAGCAAGGCGUCCUCCUGUCGUGGCUUCCUCCCGCUAACCACAGCUUUCCAAUUGACCGCUACAUCAUGGAGUUCCGUGUUGGGGAGAGGUGGGAGAUCCUGGACGAUGCCAUCCUUGGGACCGAGAGCGAGUUCUUUGCCAAGGAUUUGUCCCAGGACACCUGGUAUGAGUUCCGGGUCCUGGCUGUCAUGCAAGAUCUCAUCAGCGAACCCAGUAACGUUGCUGGUGUGUCCAGUACAGACGUAUUCCCUCAGCCUGACCUGACGGAUGAAGGUUUAGCCCGCCCGGUGCUGGCUGGCAUCGUUGCCACCAUCUGCUUCCUGGCUGCUGCCAUCCUCUUCAGCACACUCGCCGCCUGCUUCGUCAACAAGCAACGCAAACGCAAACUGAAACGCAAGAAAGACCCUCCUCUCUCGAUAACCCACUGCAGGAAGAGUUUGGAGUCCCCGUUGUCUUCUGGCAAGGUGAGUCCGGAGAGCAUCCGCACGCUCCGUCCCCCCUCCGAGUCCUCUGACGACCAAGGCCCACAGGCUAAGCGGAUGCUGAGCCCCACCAAGGAGAAGGAACUCUCCCUCUACAAGAAGACCAAGCGAGCCAUCAGCAGCAAGAAGUACAGCGUCUCCAAGGCGGAGGCCGAAGCUGAGGCCACCACCCCCAUCGAGCUCAUCAGCCGCGGGCCAGAUGGCCGCUUCGUCAUGGACCCAGCAGAGAUGGAGCCUUCACUGAAGACACGGCGGAUCGAGGGCUUCCCCUUCGUGGAGGAGACAGACAUGUACCCUGAGUUCCGGCAGUCGGACGAGGAGAAUGAUGACCCCGUCGUCCCAGCCUCGGUCACGGCCCUCAAGGCCCAGCUCACCCCUCUCUCUUCCAGCCAGGAGUCCUACCUUCAGCCACCAGCAUACAGCCCCCGGUUCCACCGGGCACUGGAGGGUCCCGGCGCCCUGCAGGCCACAGGCCAGGCCCGCCCGCCGGCCCCCCGGGCUUUCCACCACCAGUUUUACGGUUACCUCAGCAGCAGCAGCCCCGGGGAGGUGGACCCACCACCCUUCUACAUGCCAGAAGUCAGCCCGCUGAGCUCGGUCAUGUCCUCCCCGCCGCUGCACCCCGAGGGGCCCUUUGGACACCCCACCAUCCCCGAGGAGAACGGGGAGAACGCUUCCAACAGCACGCUGCCCUUGGCCCAGACCCCUACGGGGGGCCGGUCCCCUGAGCCCUGGGGGCUCCCCUUCGGCAGCCUGGAAGCGUCCCCUGCGACAACGUUCCCCCCUCAGCUCCAGCAGUGCGAGGCGGCGGCCGAGGGCUCCCAGCCCACUGGUUGUCUUCCUCGGGGGCCGCCUCCUUCCUCUCUUCAGGUCGUCCCCGCAUCCUACCCGGGCAUCCUGCCCCUGGAGGCACCAAAGAGUUGGACUGGCAAGUCACCCAGCAGGGGCCAACCCUCUGUGCCCACCACCACCAAGUGGCAGGACAAACCUAUGCAACCCAUGGGAUGUCAAGGGCAGCUAAGACAUACCAGUCAAGGUAUGGGCAUACCUGUGUUGCCUUACCACGAACCGUCCGAGCCCGUCGGCCACAGCGGCACAAGCACAUUCAGCCUGGACACCAGGUGGUACGAGCCCCAGCCCCGACCUCGGCCCAGCCCUCGGCAGGUCAGGAGGGCUGAGCCCAGUUUACAUCAGGUGGUGCUACAACCUUCGAGGCUUUCUCCUCUGACCCAAAGCCCCCUCAGCUCCCGCAACAGUUCCCCGGAGCUGACUGCUCGUGCCAGGCCCCGUCCUGGCCUCAUCCAGCAGGCCGAGGUGUCGGAGAUCACCCUGCAGCCCCCCGCAGCGGUCAGCUUCUCCCGCAAGUCCACGCCAUCCACCGGAUCCCCCGCACCGAGCAGCCGGGGGGAGAGCCCCAGCUACCGACCUGCCACAGCCUUCACCUCGCUGACCACUGGCUUUUCUGGCUCCCAGGGCUCCUCCCUGCCCACAGACACCAUGGAUGUUUUUGGAGACAUCCCUUCUCCAAGGAGGGCUAGUGAGGAGAUUCUCAGACCGGAGCCCACAUCGACAACGGUAGCCACCUCGGGAAAACGUCCAUCUCCGUCCUGGGACGCUGCUGCACCUGAGAGGCUCGAAGCUCUGAAAUACCAGCGGAUAAAGAAGCCCAAAAAGUCAUCCAAGGGCUCCUCGAAAUCCAGAAAACAAGCCAACGGCUCUGCCUCCCAGGUUCAGCACCUUCCCAGCUCUCAGGUACUGUGGCCUGACGAGGCUGUCUGCCUCCGCAAGAAGAGACACCCUCGUCAGGACCCCUUUGCCCGCCUCUCAGCGCUGAAGGACGACCUCUGCCACCGGCAGCUCCCCGAGGACCAGACAGCCAUCCUCAACAGCGUGGACCACGACGACCCCAGUGGGCACGCCACUUUGCUUUAGCUUCAUGCUGACCCAAGAGAAGGUUAAAAGGGAGAGGGUAGAGGGAGCCGAAACCUCGUCUGCGUGCACGCUGGGGUUGGGCAACUGGUGGCAAGGAUGAACUGGGAGGACGUGGGGUGGGUUGGGGUCUAGAGGGGGGAUGCCUGGGGCUUUUCAUAUCUGCAUCUCUCCCUUAGAGCUUUGGUGAGAUGGGGAGGGGGUGUCACACCUCUGUGUCAGGGAGUUUUCCGAUGUAAAAGGCAUAGCUGGAGAUUCUGACAUCUGCUUCUGCAGGGUGCGUGUAGAUGGAAAUUGUGAGAUUAAGCAGCCGGCCCUGAAUUGAAAGAAGGAAUUAUGUGACACGAGGUGUAAUCGAUUGACAAGGAACUAACAACCCAACUAGCUAAUAGCUGGUAAUCCCGUGAAUCUGAUUAUGAUAAAGUAUGUCCAAAUGGUCCCAGGAAAGCUGCAAUUAUGAAAUCUCCUUGCCUCUCCCUGCCCAGCCUCCCAUUAUGUGAAGAUAACAGCAACAACAUCACUGACAUCUUUCCUUGCCUAUCUCUGAAAGGGAAAACCAGAAAGACCCCAAGGCUUCACACCAGCCUGAGAAGUGAUAAAUCACAGUUUCUCCGUGUAUUUGCAUUUGAACCUUGUUAACAUGUACCAAACUCUUUGUAAGCAAGCAGGUAUUGGGCCAUUUGCAUCCAUGGGUAUUUUCCCCCCAAGUCUGGUUCGUGCCAGCUUUGAUGAGGGUGGUUUUGACCAAUUCUUCCUGACACUCCGUGUAUCACUAGCAUAUGUCCCUCAGUGCUGUGCAGAAAUGUGAUUUCUUACUAUGGUCAUGUCUGUAAUCUCUGUUCAUAACUGCAGAACGGGGAGAUGCCGCUGUACGUGUGCGUGUGAGCAGGGUUUCACUGUGUGUUCCCAAAAGCCACCGUGGCCAACAUGUCCCUGAGCCAGGGCAGCUGGAAAAGCCCAGCUCUGUGGGUCACAAUGGACGGCUGCUCCAAGCACAGAGCUCAGCCCAGCAUUUGGCAUCAUUUCGAAAUGUGUUGCUGCUGGUUUCACUGUCCACCCUUUCUCCCUCCUGCUCCAGCCUGGCUGUGUAGGCGACCUGUGACACCUGCUUUGGGAUUUAUCCCUCCCUUUGCCCAUCCGAGGAGACUCGCUGUUCCCCUCUUGGUAAUGCUGUUCUAACUCUUCACCAGAAUGUAUUUUCCUAGGGUAGGUUCCUUUGGCAAUUGAUGUUUCUCUGGGUUACGUAGGCCUUUUCUCAGCAGGAAAGCUGCAGCCUGCUCCAAGAACACCAGGCUUCUCUUUCCUGCUCUGCCUCCACUAUCUAACUGCGUGGCCUUGGGCAAGUCACUGAACCUCUCUGUGCCUCAGUUCUCCCAUCUGUAAAAUGGGGAUAAGUCAUAUUUAAGCACUUUUGUAAAGCUCUUGGCUGCCCACGGGCAGCAAGUGCUACAUAUGUGCUGAGUGCUAUUACUACCAAGUGAUCCCUACCUUUAAGAUACUUAGAGAUUUUUUUAUUUUAAGUGGUAAGAUCAAACACUGCAUCCAGGUUUGCACACUUCUUCCUCUCUAGCAAAGUGCUAAACCCGCCAGCCUGCCUGGGAAUAAAUACCAAUGUCACGUGGAUAUUCUUGCUUUAAGCUGAUUCAGGCUGUUAGAAAAAGAGAAUCCAAGAGCCUGUGUAGGCAUUGCCGUUUGCAUACAAAACUCUUGUUUAUUCCCAGGUAGAAUUGCCAAGAGAUGCUCUGCAAUCUUGCCUUUUAAUUGUGAUUUGCCUUGGUUAUUGCUCUUGCUGCUGGUUGAACCUCAAAGGGCUUUGAUAUUUGGAGAAACAUGCGACCUCUCAGCUGCCUGGCCAGAGCAAAGGGUCAGGGCAUGGCAGUGAGAACAAGCCGAGCUCCCAGUGAGGUUUUAGGUAGAAAUCUGUUCAUCAACCUGCCUAGAAAUAUCUAGUUUUAAAUGAAACUGUGCUUUGUCUUCCACCGAGAUGUUCAGAAACCUGCAACAGCGAAAGCAGAGCACGACGUCUUGUUUUCAAAUCUCAAAGCCCUGACUUAGGUUCGAACUGCUUGACAGAAUCCUCUAAUUGAUGAUGAGAUACUUUCAAGCUUUAACAACUUCCUUUAGGUGGUCUUCAAACCGUGAGCAAGUUUGUCUCGGGAAGGAGGGAGGGUUUCUUAGAGGUGCCUCUCUCUUCUGUGCCAUCAACCACCAGAGUGAGACUUCAACUUCGCUAACAGUAUAACAGAGUAUUUCUUUUAUUUGAGUGUGUUUUAGGGCUUGACCUAGAAUCCACUUGGAUCUGAAUUGAUUUAAUGCCAUUCGCCUGCUUGGCAGUGGGACAAACUUGUGGGUAACUUCAGCUCGCUGGUGUGAGAGGAGCUGACGUUGGCCCCAGACCUUAGCCGAUGUCACAGCGGAGGAGGAAGCGGGCUUAGCCCCAGGGCUCACCUCCCUGCUGUCCCCAAGGCUGCCCGCUGGCACCGGCCCUGGCCUCCCUCGCUGCACAGACCCUACAGGUGAUGGUGACCGGGGAUGCUCAGUGGUGUGGUACCCUGCAGGGAGGGGGGUGUGGAGGCUCUGUGCCGGCUGGACUGCAGCUUGCUCGCUCUUCUUUUGGCUCUCAUUGCCUGGACCUCUCUAGUAGGUUUCCUUGUUCAUUUGAGCGCUUUCCAAGCUAUUUACUCUGCCUGUUUGCACAGGCAAGGCAGUGUCUUUGGGCUCUCGAGGUUGGGGGACUGUGCCCCCAUCCUGCUGCAAAGAGGAGGAUCUGGAGUGCAGGAAGGUUGACUGAGUGCGCCAGCUUGCUUGGUCAAUCUUUUGAGAGUUUGUUUUCCUUUUUCAGGUGUUUUGAGCUGAUGGGCCCUCUGCUUUUCAUUGUCUUCGACCUUUAAAGGCUGGAGCUGCAGCUCUCUCUCUUUCAGCCGUGUACCUGCCACGCUGCUGCAGUGGGAAAUCCUGCCGGGGCUCCUCAUGGACGCGGCUCUUCCCUAAACCAUCCCUACCUCCUUUCCCUGCUAGACCAAGUUACCUUCCAAUAGACUCUUGCCACGUGCUGGGCCGUGCUUUGGCAGAUGGGCUCGCCUCUUGCUUUGGCAACCUCCUCGCUUCUCCCAGCUCUCUGGUUUCCAUGCCCUUCAGGGGUUUAUCUCCUCUGCUCCCGCGGACCUGGGACAUCGAAGCUGUGUCAGAUGAUGCCAACCAUUUUCCCCCAUUCCAUCCCUGUUUGAACUCCGUUUUUGUUUUGAUGGUUUGCAAACACGGCUGCUGCUGCUGCUGCUGCUGCUUUUCCUUUUUCUUUUAUGCUGCAAAAUAUAUCUUGAUUUUUUUUAUC